AUGGCGGCACUCCCGGUUCUUUUAGUUGGAGCAGGAGCUCUUGUUGGUGGUAAGCUUGUAUGGGGGAUGUUUCGAAAAAGUCCAGAUCCUACGCCAUACGACGUGAUUGUUCGGAUCAAUAGCCUCGAAGAACUCUCAACAACUGGCUGGGAGAUUGUACUUGGUCAGAAUGUAGACGAUGCUACAUCACAAAAUCCUAAUAUGGGAGAUAGUCGUGGGGUCGUUAUUGCUGUUCUUGGUUCAUAUAAUCGUGGAAAGACUUUCUUGUUGAAUUUGCUUUGUAAUACGCGGCUUCCUAAUGGCAAUUUAGUACAUACAGAAGGUUUAUCAAUAACAGCAGGAAGAAAAGAUGCAGAGCAUACAAUUUUUAUCGAUACUGCUGGCAGCGAUACAGCCAUACCCACAGAUAAACUCGACGAUAGAAAAGCGACUGAAGCCCUUCUAAAAGAAAUCGCCCUUCAUUUAUGUUCGUUUAUUAUCAUUGUAGUGAAUCGCUUACGUGGAUCAGAUCAAUCGUAUAUUCGAGGAGUUUUAAAUCAUUCUGAAGAAUUGGAUUCUAAUAAACGUGUUUUUAUCGUUCAUAACUUGAUGGAUGUCAUAACAGUGGAAGAUGCGGAGAAGAUCAUUAAAAGCGAAAUUGAAUUGAUUUUUGGCGCGAAAGCUGACACAUUUAAUGUGGGACGCGGCAAAAAUUCUACGAAUGUUAAGUAUUAUAGUUCCAAAAAAAAUGGUAAAGAAAUUCGUCAUUUUAUUUUUGCAAAAGACGGCUCUCCUGCAGCGAAAAUAUGGAACCAGCAAACAACUAUUGGUAUAAUCAAUAGCUUUUCAGAAGCUACUACAUCGAGACGAAGUCUCGAUGUUCUCAAUGAGACAAUAAACUUCGUUAACACAAGACUUCCACAAUUAGUUGCGAGCAAUUAUAAGAAGAAGAAUAAUUUGGAAGAGCCUGUUGAACAAUUUAAGAUAGAAAAACAUGCUAAGAAACCAUAUAUCGUUCUAUCUCACCGAAAAAAUAUGGAAGAUCUUACGAAUAACCCUUAUAAAUUUGAGUUGUCACAAAAAAUUCUCUACGAUGAUGCAGGUUAUUUCCAAGGUAUUAAUUCCAUGACUAAUGAUGAAUGGCAGCCUAAUUUCAAUUUGUACGAAGGUCCUGAUGAAAUUGUUAUUUUCAUUGAGCUUGCAGGUUUCAAACAAGGCAGUGCACGCAUCGAAAUAGGUGAAGAAUCGAUCAUUGUUAAAGGUAGUCGGGCUGAUUUGAAAGAAUUAUUAAAUGAUCCACUUCAUCCAACUAUCAAACAAGAGAAAAUUCCUACUGGAGAUUUCAAAUUACAGAUACCAUUGGGCUGUAGGAUUGAUCAGGAAAAAACUAAACUGGAUCGCGCUGAAGGCUUGUACAAGGUUACAUGCCAGAAAAAGAAAAUUGGUAUGGUGGUCCUCGAGUGA